UAUUCUAGAAUCCAAAUCAAGCCAAAAAAGCCAACUCAUCUUAAAUAGUCUGCACUCGACUGGAAAAACCAAAGCGCAGCCAUUCCAACACUCCUAUCACUUCUUUUCCAGUCUCCCUGUGCGGAUUAAGCAUGGGUGUCGAAAGCCAUCCACUUCAUCUAUUCUGCUUCCCUUUCCUGGCUCCAGGCCACAUGAUCCCCAUGAUAGACAUGGCCAAGCUAUUUGCAGAGCGUGAAGCGAGGGUUAGCAUCAUCGCCACACCCAGCAAUGCCUCCCUAUUCGAAAAGACCAUCUAUCGAACCCGAUGCUCCGGCCACCAGAUCGAGAUCCACUGCCUCGAAUUCCCUUCCUCAGUUGCCGGCUUACCAGACGGGUGUGAAAAUCUCAAUGACAUCCAAUCCAUUGACAACUUAAUAGACUUCAUGAAAGCAGUUGACAUGCUCCAGGAACCAUUCGAGCAACUCGUCGAGGAACACCACCCCGACUGCAUCAUCUCAGAUAUGUUCUUGCCGUGGACACUUGAUGUUGCAGACAAGUUCGAGAUACCGAGGUUGGUCUUCAACGGGACUAGCUUUUUCUCGCUCUGUGUCACGGAGAGGCUUCAGCGUUACGCGCCUCAUAAAAACGUCGCCUCGGACAUGGAGGCCUUUAUAGUUCCGUGCCUCCCGCACUCCAUAGAGCUCACCAAAUCUCAGAUUCCAGACUUCGCUAAAGCGCAAAGCGGUUUUUUUGAGUUCUUUGAGCGAGUCAAAGAGGCGGAUGCCAGGAGCUUUGGAGUAGUCAUGAACACCUUCUAUGAGUUGGAGCCGGCCUACGUGGAGCAUUACAAGAUGGAGCUGGGUAGGAAGGCGUGGAACGUUGGACCAGUCUCUCUCUGCAAUAGAAAUACCGUCGAUGUUGCCGAGAGAGGGAAGAAGGCCUGUAUUGGCCCAGACGACUGUUUGAAGUGGCUUGACGGAAAUACGUCAGCCUCCGUUGUGUAUGUUUGUUUCGGGAGCCUAAGCCAGUUCACCGCUCCUCAGCUUCUGGAGAUCGCACUGGCUCUGGAAGCAUCCAACCGUCCUUUCCUCUGGGUGGUCGGGAAUAGCGAGAAGUUAUCUGAAAAUGAAUGGUUGCCUGAUGGAUUCGAGGAGAGGAUGCAAGGGAAGGGCCUCAUCAUGAGGGGGUGGGCCCCACAGGUACUCAUCCUCAACCAUCCUGCGGUAGGAGUGUUUGUUACUCACUGCGGGUGGAAUUCCACGCUCGAGGCCAUAAGUGCUGGAGUGACGAUGGUCACGUGGCCCAUGUUUGCGGAGCAGUUCUAUAACGAGAAGCUGAUCACCCAGGUACUGAAGAUCGGUGUUUCAGUAGGGAGCAGAGUAUGGGUUUCUUAUGAAGAGAUGAAGAGGCCGGUGAUAAGGAGGGAUCAGAUCAAGAAGGUGAUCACCUUGAUGAUGGACGGUGGAGAAGAAGCAGAAGGGAUGAGAAAGAGGGCCAAGGAGUUGGGGGAGAUGGCCAACAGAGCUGUAGAAGUGGGCGGAUCUUCCUACGCCGACAUGAGCCGUUUGAUCGAAGAGCUGAAGACGUACAGCCUGAAAGCUAAAUGAUAAAUUACCUAUGCUUGAAGAAAACGUUUGGCAUCCUGUUGAUUUUAGGGUUGUUUGGAUACACUUUU